CAAUGUCAAGCUUCUCGUAGAAGAAUACAUCCGUUGGCGUCAAACGGUCUGUGGUUGUUGUGCUUAACAUUUUAACGUUAGCGGUUGAUAGCUAAUUAACUAUCAAAUACAAGAUGUGGCAGCCUGAUCCUUACCAUAAUGAGUUGGUCUUUGUUAUGGAUGAAUUAAUGACGUCGUUGGAGGAUGAAAUUGAGAAAUGUAUGGCGGUCUUAGUCUUUUCCACACAAGACAGGACAGACAUUGAUGCAGGGGAGACGGGGGAAUUUGAAAGAGAAUCCAAGUCGGAGGUUAAAGUCCAGUUGACAUGUGUGAUGAAACAGUUCGUGAAACAGACUCUCACCAAAAUCAACCAGUUGAUCUCUAAAGGCACUGAAGCACUGCGUUCAGAGAUAUGCCAGAGUCAAAGUGAGAUUAAAUCUCUGAAAAUGAAGCUAUUGGAGAUGACUGUUAGUAAGGAAGUACCUGAAAAUACAGUGGAAAGAACCCCAGGGACAGAGGAAGAGGAGGAAUGGACAGAAGCACCAUUAUCACCAGAGUUUGCAGAGGAUUUUCAGGUUGACGUGCCAACUCCCAGUGGUGAGGCUGACAACACUACAAAUGUCAAGAAGGAGACCACGAUCAGAGCUAAAACCAUAGCGUUGGAACAGUCAUUUAUAUCUCUAGCUAAAAUACCUUCCUCCUCACUCAUUGAGUCUAUCAAACAGGUGGCUAUUACAGACAAACAGGCAGCAAGCAGGCCUACAGACAAACAGGCAGCAAGCAGGCCUACAGACAAACAGGCAGCAAGCAGGCCUACAGACAAACAGGCAGCAAGCACGCCUACAGACAAAAAUCCAGUAAGCAGGCCUACAGACAAUCAGGCCCCAAGUACAGACCCCCAAACUCCAGGUGGGGACUCUGUGGUGUCCACCAGACCCAGGAGGAAGAAGAAGAGAAUAGAAGCGCAACCCACAGCGGCAGAAUCAGACGGAAGUGAGGAAAACGCUGAUGACCAAUGGGAGGAGAAUGCUAAAGCUGGACAAACCUCGAAUGACAAAUAUGUUCACAACAUAAAGCCAAGGCCCAACAUAAAGAAAAAACAGACUACCACCACCAGGAAAGAGCACCACUGUCUGGACUGCGGUAAGGUUUUUAAGAAUUCAAGUAAUUUAAAACUGCAUCAACAGACUCACACAGGAGAGAGACCUUAUUGUUGUGAAUUAUGCGGGAAAUGUUUCCCGACUGCUUGGAAGCUCAGAAUACACCAAGCAGUGGUCCACAGAAGAGAGAAGCCACUUGAGUGUCCAACAUGUGGGAAGUGCUUUGCAACAAAGCAUUAUUUGGACACUCACGCAAGCGUUCAUUCAACAGAGAAACCAUUUCGAUGCCUCGUGUGUCAGAAGUGUUUUAAAAGUAAAAGUGGUCUCAAGGAACACACAAUGUUGCACAAUUCAAAUUCAGAUUCAUAUGCGUGUGACAAAUGUCCAAAAACCUUUGUUAAGUUGAAAUACCUCAAGAAUCACCAGCUAACUCACAGUGGAGGAGGAGCUCACCGUUGUGAAUUGUGUGGGAAAGGUUUCAAGACCCCUUCUGAGCUCAAACGGCACCAAGCAUCAGUCCAUAGGGGAGAGAAGCCAUUCCAAUGUCCCACAUGUGGGAAGUGUUUCGCAGAGAAUAAAAAUUUGAAAAUCCACGCAAGUGUUCAUUCAGAAGAGAGAGCAUUCCAGUGCCCUCAAUGUCAGAUGUGUUUCAAAACCAAGUAUACUCUUAACGACCAUAAGAAGACGCACACGGAUUCCAAGCCGUAUUCUUGCGACAAAUGCCCAAUGACCUUUAUCCGGUCUUAUUACCUCAAGAUUCAUCAAGCUUCGCACCUGACCAGCAAGCCAUUCGUGUGCAGCCACUGUGGGAAAGGCUUCAAAGGUGAACGUGGGCUCAAGAGACAUGAACGCACCCACACCGAAGACCCAACUUAUACCUGUGACGAAUGUGGCAAGGGUUUCUAUCAACACGAAUCAUAUAAAGUCCAUGCGGCCUUGCACACCGGAGAGAAGCCGUUCACCUGUGAUCACUGUGAAAAAACCUUUGCUCUGGCAUCCUACCUUAAAACCCACAUAGUGAAACUUCACUCUGUCACCGAACCCCACGUCUGUGGGAAAUGUGGCAAGAAAUAUAAGGAUUUCACCCAUUUUAGAAUCCAUAUGUUUCAGGGUUGUCAAGAGGCUGCGGCAUUGGUUUGACUAUAACAAGAAUUGCCUAUCAUUGGAAAUGACCAUUUCUCUUCUUUCUAAUGUUGGAAGGGAUCAAAAUAUAUAUUGGAAAUAUAUUGUACAUGGAAAUCAAGAUAUGGAGGUAGGUGGGAUGGGCUGAGAGUAACUGAGGGGUGGGAUUAGAAACUCAUAAUCUGUGUAAUAGUUAGGACUGAAAACACCAUAUCAUGCAUACCGGAAAUGCCUGAGUACCAUUUCAGGUGUAAUGUGUAUAUCAAACUAUUUCUGACAUGUAAUACCUUGUAUAAAAAAUACUGUG